ACUCUACCUUUCUGGCUUCAGGACACCAGACAUCAGAGACAGACAGAAAAAUUCAAAGGGCCAACCCGUCUUGCUUUGGGCAGGUGCUCUCUAGAACAGAAGGAGCUGGGAAGAGCAGAAAGGAUGCAGCAGCCAUCUCUGACUUGGAUGCUAAUGGUGAUGGUGGCCUCUUGGUUCAUCACAACUGCAGCCACUAACACCUCAGAAGCAAGAACAAAGUACAACUGCCCUGCCAGGUGGAGUUGGAGGACUCCUCAGAGAGGAGGUGACACUGAGCAGGGUCCUGAUGAAGCUUUCACUAGCCAGGGAAGCAGAUCUGGCAGAAAACAUAAAAUAUGCAAAGGAAGGGAGGGGCAACAGGUUCACUGUAAAUCCUACCAAAGAUGGUGCUCUGAAUGUCACAGCAAUGCCACCUGCACGGAGGAUGAGGCCAUUACGACGUGCACCUGUCAGGAGGGCUUCACCGGCGACGGCCUGACCUGCGUGGACCUGGAUGAGUGCGCCAUUCCUGGAGCUCACAACUGCUCCGCCAACAGCAGCUGCGUAAACACGCCAGGCUCCUUCUCCUGCGUCUGCCCCGAAGGCUUCCGCCUGUCCCCCGGUCUCGGCUGCACAGACGUGGAUGAGUGCGCGGAGCCUGGGCUUAGCCACUGCCACGCCCUGGCCACGUGUGUCAAUGUGGUGGGCAACUACUUGUGCGUAUGCCCCGCGGGCUACCGGGGGGAUGGAUGGCACUGUGAGUGCUCCCCGGGCUCCUGCGGGCCGGGGUUGGACUGCGUGCCGGAGGGCGACGCGCUCGUGUGCGCGGAUCCGUGCCAGGCGCACCGCACCCUGGACGAGUACUGGCGCAGCACCGAGUACGGGGAGGGCUACGCCUGCGACACGGACCUGCGCGGCUGGUACCGCUUCGUGGGCCAGGGCGGUGCGCGCCUGGCCGAGACCUGCGUGCCAGUCCUGCGCUGCAACACGGCCGCCCCCAUGUGGCUCAAUGGCACGCAUCCGUCCAGCGACGAGGGCAUCGUGAGCCGCAAGGCCUGCGCGCACUGGAGCGGCCACUGCUGCCUGUGGGAUGCGUCCGUCCAAGUGAAGGCCUGUGCCGGCGGCUACUACGUCUACAACCUGACAGCGCCCCCCGAGUGUCACCUGGCGUACUGCACAGACCCCAGCUCCGUGGAGGGGACGUGUGAGGAGUGCAGUAUAGACGAGGACUGCAAAUCGGAUAAUGGCAGAUGGCACUGCCAGUGCAAACAGGACUUCAACAUCACUGAUAUCUCCCUCCUGGAGCACAGGCUGGAAUGUGGGGCCAAUGACAUGAAGGUGUCGCUGGGCAAGUGCCAGCUGAAGAGUCUGGGCUUCGACAAGGUCUUCAUGUACCUGAGUGACAGCCGGUGCUCGGGCUUCCAUGACAGAGACAACCGGGACUGGGUGUCCGUAGUGACCCCAGCUCGGGAUGGCCCCUGUGGGACAGUGUUGACGAGGAAUGAAACCCACGCCACUUACAGCAACACCCUAUACCUGGCAGAUGAGAUCAUCAUACGUGACCGCAACAUCAAAAUCAACUUUGCGUGCUCCUACCCCCUGGACAUGAAAGUCAGCCUGAAGACCUCCCUACAGCCAAUGGUCAGUGCUCUAAACAUCAGAGUGGGCGGGACCGGCAUGUUCACCGUGCGGAUGGCCCUCUUCCAGAACCCUUCCUACACGCAGCCCUACCAAGGCUCCUCUGUGACGUUGUCCACUGAGGCUUUUCUCUACGUGGGCACCAUGUUGGAUGGGGGCGACCUGUCCCGAUUUGCACUGCUCAUGACCAACUGCUAUGCCACACCCAGUGGCAAUGCUACAGACCCCCUGAAGUACUUCAUCAUCCAGGACAGAUGCCCGCACACUAGAGACUCAACUAUCCAAGUGGUGGAGAACGGGGAGUCCUCCCAGGGCCGAUUCUCCGUCCAGAUGUUCCGGUUUGCUGGAAACUAUGACCUAGUCUACCUGCACUGUGAAGUCUAUCUCUGUGACACCAUGAAUGAAAAGUGCAAGCCUACCUGCUCUGGGACCAGAUUCCGAAGUGGGAGUGUCAUAGAUCAAUCCCGUGUCCUGAACUUGGGUCCCAUCACACGGAAAGGUGUCCAGGCCACAGUCUCAAGGGCUGCUUUUAGCAGCUUGGGGCUCCUGAAAGUCUGGCUGCCUCUGCUUCUCUCGGCCACCUUGACUCUGACUUUUCAGUGACUGACAGCGGAAAGCCCUGUGCUCCAUGGCUGCCAUCUCACUUCCUGCUGGGCAGGGGGCAUGAUGCGGGCCAGUGCUCCAGCCACAGAAAAGAAAGUUCAUGCUUUGUUCAGCCUGCCUUCUUUUCUCCCUUUUAAUCCUGGCUGUCAAGAAACAGCCUGUGUCUUUAAAUGCUGCUUUUUCUCAAAAUGAGACUUGUGACUGUGUACCUGAGGCCCCCAUCUCCUUAAAGAGUGUGGCAAAAUAAUAAUUUUUAAAUCUC